GCUUAAAUGAAGCUAUAAUAGGCACAUAGAAUCUUUCAUUCAAUUCAUUUUGAGCGUUUGUUCAUCCCGAGCACACCAAUUGUUCGUUUGUAGAAUUUCACUUGACGCUGAAUUACCAUACGGUCUAUACACGAGAUGCUUUGUUUGAAAGCAAUGUUGAUCGCUUUAUGUUUACCAAGAGUUUUGACCAUAAAAUUUACUUCGAAAUCCGAUUAUUAUGACAUUGGAAUAGCGGAUUUAACCGGUGUAACUUCGUUUACAUUCGACGUGAAAACAUGUGAGGCGAUUGCACUUUAUCUGUGUGGCGUCAACAUCUAUUUCGAAUGUGUGCUAACAUACUCGUGGAUACUUCGCAAUGAUGUCACUGACCUAUACAUUGGCUAUCCCAGUGACCCGAUAUCACAAAACACGCCAAAUAUUCUUGACUGCGGAUCAUUUAGGGCGUUUUGGAUUAGUUGGGAUAAAGGUUACAUCCAGUUAGGAGCUGGUCGAGAUAUCGGAAAGGAAACAAUCCUGAUGCACAGCAUAGACCAUACUGCCACAAGUGACGUAAAAGUUUUAGAAGUGAGAGCAGGAGUAAAUGGGUCCGCAGAAUGGGAUAUCACCCCGUCAAAUCAGACACGGAGAAAAGCAUUCUUUCGCAAGCAUCCAUUUUGUGACCCUAUAGCUGAAAUAUUGGCCAAUCUGACCACACACGACAAGGAACACUGCGCUCAUGAGUGUCUGAGCAAUCUUCGUUGUAACUCAUUCAACAUUGACCAGAGCCCGGAAGAAGGCACUGGUCUUUACCGAUGUCAGCUGAAAGCAACCUAUUUAGGUGUUCCCCAUCCCCAAGCGAGUGCACUCCCUGUCGAUCGCUGGGAGAUGAUAUACAACUAACUAUAGCAAGACCGACUUGAAGACGUCACUAUAUGACGUCAUAUUGCCACAGGGGACUGGCGUCACAUACCCAAAACAAGCUGAUUCAACCCAAAGGCAGAUCUAGUUCGAUUAAUACACAUCUGUCAACGCUAACAAAUCUUCGUCUUCUUGCAUUAUACUUUGGGCGAAUGGAAUGGA